AUCAACAUGCGGUAUAGACUAUAGAAUAAAAAAGUCAACUUUAUUAUUUGCUUAUAAGUUAUAACGAAUACAAAGUAGAGUUGACCAUUUGAGUUUUUAGAUGAGAAAACCAUAAACUUGGAGGAAAGUCACCAUAGUUCCAUCAAUGGCUGAGAUUUCUGAUAUUACUACUCAGACACAAACCGUUGUCUUGGACAUCGAAAACUAUCAAUCCAUUGAUGAUUCCCGGUCGUCGGAUUUAUCCGCUCCUCUUGUGUCCGUAUCGUUCGUUCAAAAGGUGAGCCGCCUCUUUUAUGUUGCGAUAUGGUUUCUUAAUUUGUCGUGAAAUAUUUGUUAGUCCAAAUCAAGAUUUUAUAUUUCGUGUGAUGUUUGCUAUAGCCUAUAUGCAAGCUCAAUCUUGACUUUGGUUCUAAUUAUUGGUAACUGAUUUUCCAAUCUAUGAAGUAUGAUAAUCAAAUAAAACAAACAUUAUUGUUCUCUCUUUAGUUGAUUUUUUUUGUUGAAAGUACUCUAUAGUUGAUUGGAGAGUUCGUGGGGACAUUCACUAUGAUAUUUGCCGGUUGCUCAGCCAUCGUGGUAAAUGAGACGUAUGGCAAACCGGUGACACUUCCCGGUAUAGCUUUGGUAUGGGGACUAGUCGUAACGGUUAUGAUCUACUCAAUUGGUCAUGUCUCUGGUGCACAUUUCAACCCUGCUGUUUCUAUUGCCUUUGCCUCUUCUAAGAAGUUCCCUUUUAAUCAGGUUCCGGGGUACAUUGCCGCUCAACUUCUCGGAUCGACCUUAGCGGCUGCAGUUCUACGGCUUGUGUUCCAUCUAGACGACGAUGUUUGUAGCCUCAAAGGCGAUGUUUAUGUGGGAACAUAUCCGUCAAACUCAAAUACGACCUCGUUCGUAAUGGAGUUCAUCGCUACUUUCAAUCUAAUGUUUGUUAUAUCUGCUGUCGCAACCGAUAAACGGGCCACCGGGUCAUUCGCUGGAAUCGCUAUUGGCGCAACCAUAGUACUCGACAUCCUUUUCUCCGGGCCAAUUUCGGGAGCAUCUAUGAAUCCAGCAAGAAGCUUAGGGCCUGCACUUAUAUGGGGAUGUUAUAAGGAUUUAUGGUUAUACAUAGUUUCACCCGUGAUCGGGGCAUUAUCAGGUGCAUGGACUUAUGGUUUGUUACGAUCGACAAAGAAAUCAUAUAGUGAGAUUAUUCGUCCAAAUUGCAAUAAAGUAUCUUCGAGAGAUCGCCAAGAAGCUUCCCAAGAUGAGAUUUGUGUUCUACGAGUGGUUGAUCCGGCUAAUCAAAACUAUUUUAUAUGUUCAUCACCUACUGAUAUCAAUGGCAAAUGUAAUGUUACAUGUAAGUUGGCGUGAAUUAUAUCGAUGUACUAUUCACUAAACUAGUUUACAAUAUAUAAUUC